AUGUUCAUACUACUCGUAAUUGGUGGUCAUUAUAUCGUGUUGGAAGCACGAUUGGAACAAGCCAGCCUUCUCAAGCGCGUCGUCGACGCCAUCAAGGAUCUUGUCCAGGACUGCAACUUCGAUUGCAAUGACUCCGGAAUCGCCCUCCAGGCCAUGGACAACUCCCACGUUGCCCUAGUUUCCAUGCUUCUCCGUGCUGAGGGUUUCUCUCCCUACCGCUGCGACCGUAACAUCGCCCUCGGCAUCAACCUGCUCUCCCUGACCAAGGUGCUCCGCGCCGCCCAGAAUGAAGACAUCCUGACCCUCAAGGCCGAGGAUUCCCCUGAUGCCGUCAACCUGAUGUUCGAGAGUGCAGAGACAGACCGACUGAGCGAGUACGACAUCAAGCUCAUGGAUAUUGACCAGGAGCACCUGGCCAUUCCUGAGACUGAGUACGCCGCCACCGUGGAGAUGCCCUCAGCCGAGUUCCAGCGCAUCUGCAGAGAUCUCAACGCACUGUCCGAGUCUGUCGUGAUCGAGGCCAGCAAGGAGGGUGUCAAGUUCUCCUGCCAGGGUGAUAUCGGUAACGGAUCCGUCACCAUCCGCCAGCACACCAACGUCGACAAGCCCGACCAGAACGUCGUCAUCAACCUCUCCGAACCCGUCGCCCUGACCUUCUCCCUCAAGUACCUCGUCAACUUCUGCAAGGCCUCCAACCUGUCCUCGUCUGUCGUGCUGCACCUCUCCCAGGAAGUGCCGCUGCUGGUCGAGUACGGUCUGGGAAGUGGCCACCUGCGGUUCUACCUCGCUCCUAAGAUCGGUGACGAAGAGUAA